AUCUACUACGUGGAUUGUAUAAUCGGGGGUGGUCGAAGUUGCCUUUUGCAGUGUGGUCGGUUGGCGCGCAGUGCAUGUGUGCAUACGUGUGUGGGAGUGUGUUUAAUCGAUCGCAAGUUCACAUCGGUUCAGUUCAAUUCAGGUGAAGGAAUCGGUCAAGUGAAUCGAGUAUCUUCCAGUGAAAAUCACCCGAAAUGUCUCUACGAGUGCAGAGAAAUACAACCAACUAACGUAUACACUGAAAAACAAGCACGGCCAUUUUGAGAGCGUGACUUCGUACACAAGCAGAGACGCAACCAAACGGCAACAUGUCUUCGGUCAAGGUGGCGGUGCGCGUCCGGCCCUUCAACAACAGGGAGAUCGGACGCGAAUGCAAAUGCAUCAUCGAAAUGGGAGGCAACACCACUGUCAUCGCCAACCCAAAGGGACCACCUGGUUCCAAGGAAGACAAGAAAAGUUUCAACUUUGAUUAUUCCUACUGGUCCCACAAUGAGGAUGAUCCAGAGUUCUCUUCUCAAUCCAUCGUGUACAAAGAUAUCGGCGAGGAGAUGUUGGAACACUCCUUCGAAGGAUACAACGUAUGCAUUUUUGCGUAUGGUCAGACGGGCGCCGGAAAGUCCUACACAAUGAUGGGCAGGCAGGAGGAGGGCCAAGAGGGAAUCAUUCCACAAAUCUGCAAGGAUCUCUUCAAGCGCAUCCGCGACACUAGCAAUGCCGAGAUUAAAUACUCGGUGGAAGUUUCCUACAUGGAAAUCUACUGCGAACGUGUCCGCGAUCUGCUCAAUCCGAAAAAUAAAGGCAAUCUGCGUGUGCGAGAACAUCCGCUACUUGGGCCCUAUGUCGAGGACCUUAGUAAACUGGCAGUGACCAGUUACGAAGACAUUCACGAUUUGAUCGAUGAGGGCAAUAAGGCUCGUACUGUUGCCGCGACAAACAUGAACGAGACUAGCUCACGUUCACAUGCAGUUUUCACUAUUUUCUUUACACAACAGAGAUAUGACGAAACUACAGAUUUAUGCACAGAGAAAGUCUCCAAGAUCUCUCUGGUGGACUUGGCCGGGUCCGAAAGGGCUGACUCCACAGGCGCUAAGGGUACCCGUCUCAAGGAAGGCGCCAACAUCAACAAGAGUUUGACUACGUUGGGCAAAGUUAUUUCGGCACUCGCUGAAAUCGCAUCUAAGAAUAAGAAGUCCAAGAAGGCUGACUUCAUCCCAUAUCGCGAUUCGGUGUUGACCUGGUUGCUUCGUGAGAAUCUCGGUGGAAACAGUAAGACCGCCAUGAUUGCCGCCAUCUCGCCGGCGGAUAUUAAUUACGAUGAAACUCUAUCCACAUUAAGAUACGCCGAUCGUGCGAAACAGAUUGUCUGCAAGGCCAUUGUCAACGAGGACGCCAACGCCAAACUUAUUCGUGAACUCAAGGAAGAGAUACAGAAACUGCGCGAGCUUCUGAAGCAAGAGGGCAUUGAAGUCCACGAAGGCCCCGAUGGUAAAGUUGUGUAUGAAAAAAGGGAGCCGACGCGCGCCGAGGAGGUGACGCGUAACAACAAAGAGAACAAUGAGAAUCACAGAAUGCGUACCGCAUCUACGACCAUCGCGGAGGAGGCGGUCGAUCAGCUACAAGCCAGCGAAAAACUCAUUGCUGAACUGAACGAGACUUGGGAGGAGAAAUUGAAGCGUACCGAGGCGAUUCGAAUUCAGCGCGAGGCGGUCUUUGCCGAGAUGGGCGUUGCCGUCAAGGAGGACGGUAUUACCGUUGGCGUAUUUUCCCCGAAACGCACUCCACACUUGGUCAACUUGAACGAGGAUCCCUCAAUGUCCGAAUGCCUCAUAUACUACAUCAAAGACGGGGCGACACGCGUUGGUUCCGCGGAGGCAAACCUUCCGCAGGAUGUGCAGCUUUCCGGGUCACACAUCAAACCGGAACACUGCACGUUUGAGAAUAAGGAUGGCGUUAUCACACUGACGCCAAUGAACGGCGCAUUGAUCUACGUGAAUGGUCGCGAGGUGAUUGAGCCCAUCGUGUUGAAGACCGGAAGUCGUGUUAUCCUUGGCAAGAAUCACGUGUUCCGCUUUAAUAAUCCCGACGCACCGCGUGAGAAACGCGAGAAUAGCAGUCCAGCUGAACCCGUGGACUGGAACUACGCACAAAUUGAACUGCUGGAGAAGCAGGGUGUGGAUCUGAAGGCCGAGAUGGAGAAGCGCUUGUUGAACCUCGAAGAGCAAUAUCGCAAAGAAAAGGAAACCGCUGACCAAUUGUUUGAGGAGCAAAGAAAAUGUUACGAGGCGCGAAUCGAUGCCUUGCAGAAACAGGUCGAGGAACAGAGCAUGACGAUGUCAAUGUAUAGUUCAUACACACCGGAGGAUUUCAACAACGAGGACGACAUUUUUGUGAACCCUCUGUUUGACGCAGAGUGCAAUUGGAGCGAACGCGAGUACGAACUGGCAGCGACGGCGUGGCGUAAAUGGAAGCAUCAUCAGUUCACAUCGCUUCGAGACGACCUCUGGGGCAACGCCAUCUUCCUCAAGGAAGCGAACGCCAUAUCUGUGGAGUUGAAGAAGAAAGUUCAAUUCCAGUUCACUUUGCUGACCGACACAUUGUAUUCACCACUUCCGGUUGAUCUACGCCCAGCAAUCGAUUACGAUACAGAUGAUGAAGGAGCACCUUCUAAAACUGUUGUAGCGGUUGAGGUUCAGGAUACCAAGAAUGGUGCCACACACUACUGGUCCCUGGAUAAGCUAAGGUAAUUUUAGGUAUAAGGUACU